AUGCAGUUCUAUCCCUCCUUUCUGGCCGCUGGCCUCUUCGCUGCCCUCGCUUCCGCUCUGCAUCUCGAGAUCAUCAGCGAAGACGGGGAAUGCAAGAUUCAAGUAGGCACGCCGGACGCACCGGACUAUGGAUGCUACGGUACCACAGCGGGAUUUGCCCCUGAUGUGAACGGCGACUGCUCCCAGUUUUCUAGCGGCGCAGAUGUUGCAGGCCCCUUGGAAGUCUGUACUGAGUACGCUAGUGUGAAAAUCACGGGCAAAACGGCGCUUUUCACCGAUACUGGAAUUGGAAACCCUGUAUCUAUACCUUGUGACUUUGAUGUUCUAAAUGCCGAUGAGUCCUGCGACGUAUAG